GGGGGGCUGGGAUUGAACCCGGGUCGUCAGAACUGUAAGGCGAAGGCUCUGGACAUCUGUGCUAAUUUGCCGUUUCGACCGAAUGCCUGUUCAUUUUAGUGGGUUGGCCAUGUUGUUAGUGGCAAAACACGCGAUUGCCGAAUUAUCAAUUGCGCUAUAAUAUAACCGUCGUCAUUGAGGGAGCGUUUAAUGCGACUUGUCAUUUUAACCUUGAAUGCAAAGCUAAGCGCUUGUUCCUAAAAAAAAAAGUUCAGUCUGAGUGCAAGAGACGCAUUUCUUGCGGACUCACGCUACCUGCUAUGCAGGAAGGAAGGCCGGCUAUUGGCAAACGUCUCCGAAGUGUCGAAACGUGUCACGCGUCUGUCAGCGAGGUUCCUACGCACUUUUGAAGAAAGUUUGCAGUCAGCAUUUGUGGCUCACGCAGUCCCAAAUACUGCCGGGGGAAAUGGCGAUUACGAUUUUUGCUACCCUGGCCGUUUUUGCCGCCGAAAGAAGCAACAGGGUUCUUUUUGUACGAGAUUGCCGUGAAAUGCAUUUUCACUUGUGCAGGCAGCACUUCUUUGGACACACAUUUUACAGUUGUCGGUUAGUUUUGCAGAUCCGAACAUAAAUUUUUACCUCGACCUUUGUCACUGUGUUGGUCUGUAAAGUCACAAAAUUGAGAUAAAAACUUACCGGUUGUUUUCCAAAGUAAAAUAUGUCUUAUUUUGAUAAAAACAAUGUUAGUUUGUAGCAUUUUUGGAUACGUUGUACUUGAGAAUAGUUUCAAUUAAUCACACUUUUUACAUUGACUUGAGUGUUUACGUGCGCGGCACGGUGGGUCAGCGGGUAGAGCGUUGGCCUCACUGUUCUGAGGACCUGGGUUCGAUCCCGGCCCCCUCCUGUAUGGAGUUUGCAUGCUCUCCCCAGGCCUGUGUGGGUUUCCUCCCACAUCCCAAAAACAUGCAACAUUAUUUGGACACUCUAAAUUGUCCCUAGGUGUGGCCGGAUCUGGCUCCCGAGCCUUGAGUUUGACACUCGUGCUCUAAAUUGCCCCUCGGUGUGAUUGUGAUUGUGAGUGCGGCUGUUUGUCUCCAUGUGCCCUACGAUUGGCCGGCGAUCAGUUCAGGGUGUACCCCCGCCUCCUGCCCGUUGACAGCUGGGAUAGGCUCCGGCGCUCUCCGCGACCCUUGUGAGGAUAAGCGGCAAAAGAAAAUGGAAGGAUGAGUGUUUACGCGACGAAUGGAUACUUUUACUCCAUUACAAUGCCCCACGUGUCGCUCACUACUUUUAUUCAUCCAUUAGUGCACACGCAGUCUAUUUUUAGACACCAUGGAAUUCCACAGAAGGUGCUGUUGUGCCAAUCCAACGUAAUUGCUAGUCAUUUGAAUCCACUUCAUCAAUCAGAAGGUAAUAUGACAACACGUUGGCCAAUCAAAGGGACUCACUUGAGGGACUUUUAUAGACUUGGAAAAAAAACCAAACGCUUCCGUUAUGCAGCUCUGAUAUUGUGACUGGCUGAACUUGGAUAUUUCAGCCCGCUUCUAACUUGAAAAACCACCUUUGCGGUAAGAUAUUAAUCUCUAGUUAUCGGUCCUUCUCAUCGUUCGCUCUCCAAUCCCGCUCUCUCUAUCUCUCCGCCUCCUUCUCUCACUUUCUGACCGAGCACUUUGUUUCCCUUUAUUAUUAUAGAGGAUUACUUUUUACUUAAGUUCUAUUAUUCUAAAGUAACGGCACUCUUAUUUGAGUACAAUAUUUGGCCAUUCUACCCACUUUUGGGUACCAGAAUAUUUUCCGGUUCUGGAAGAAUGACAGAAGACACGAGGGAUGGAUGGAGUGCACUCAAGCAAUUGCAUUCUAAGGUGGGGUGAGCGAUUCCGCUCUGACUCCACACAAUGGACCUUUCCGACCGGUCAAUAAUAGCCAAUCAGAUAGCCGCAUUGUCCUUGUCAUUGUCAUUGCGUCGUGCUCCGUCCAAAAUCUUAAUUCCGUGUACAUAUCCUUGCGUGAAAUAGUUGAGACCUCUCUGUCGAACUCUCUUGGACAAGUACGACGCAUUUGGCAAAAAACAUACCCCAGUAUUAUCUGCAAUGCGCGAUAGAGAAUCAACUUCAAACAUGUUCUGUUCAUUCGCCAUUUUGGAAGCAUGUGGGACACGUUGGCCGAGGGGGCGGAGCUUAAGAUUGCCAUCGGAAAGGUCCAUUGAAGUGCUGAAUCGUUUGCCAGCAGCGCAGUAGGGACAUGGUUAAAUCCUUUUUCUACGCAGUUCUCGGCAUCUUCUUCCCCUACUUGAGUGGGUCUUUUCCUGGUAUUUUAAGUCCCGCCCACAUUCCCAAAACCCGUUAGGUUGAAGACUAAAUUGUAACUGGGUGUAAGUGUGAAUGGUCAUCUUUCUGUUUAUCAAUCCAAAUUGAGCUGAGGUCGGGUCCAGAUCGGCGGCACGGUGGCUCAGCUGGAAAGCGUUGGACCCACGCUUCUGAGGUCAAGGGUUUGGUCCCGGCCCCGCCUGUGUGGCGUUUGCAUGUUCUCCCCGUGCCUGCGUGGGUUUUCUCCGGGCACUCCGGUUUCUUCCCACAUCCCAAAAACAUGCAAUAUUAAUCGGACACUCUAAAUCAGGGGUGUCAAACUCGCUUUUGUCGCGGGCCACAUUGUAGUCACAAUUUCCCUCAGAUGGCCGUUAUGGUGAAACCAUAGAAAACCUGAAUCGCCUCAUCAUAUUCACACAUGAGAUUUAUGAACUAGUCGUGUCAUUAUCCAAGAUGCUAAUCCUCACAAGGGUUGCAGGAAAGCUGGAGCCUAAAGGCAGGCUACACCCUGAACUGGUCGCCAGUCAGUUGCAUGGCAGAUAUCGACACCAACACUGAGCGGGAAUCGAUCCCACGUUGCCCACACCAAAGGCAUGCGUGUGUACCACUACACCAUCAGUGACUCAAAUCAGUAACUAUGCGUGAUAUGCUAACACAUAAAUGCAUAUCUCAAAAUCAUGAUUCAUGACAUAUUACCAUUUGAAAUGUUGGGACAUAUUUUAACAAGAAUUAUGGAUUUUGAUACCGAUGAUUUGCCUUCGCGGGCCACCUGAAAUCACAUGGCGGUCCGGAUCUGGCCCCCAGGGCCUUGAGUUUGACACCCGUGCUCUAAAUUGCCCCUAGGUGUGAUUGUGAGUGCGGCUGUUUGUGUAAGUGUGCCCUGCGAUCGGCUGGCAACCAGUUCAGGGUGUACCCCGCCUCCUGCCCGUUGACAGCUGGGAUAGGCUCCAGCAUACCCCGCGACCCUGGUGAGGAUAAGCGGCUAAGAAAAUGAAUGGAUGGAGAGGCUCCAGCUCAAAUAAGCUAUAAAAUGGAUGCGGCCAUUGCGACAGAUACUAGCAACAUUUUAUAAGCGUGGAUAUCUGCAUUUUGGCACUCGAUGGCGUUCAUGGUACUAGUUGCUACACUUAUACAAAAGGAAAAGAUGUCCAAAAGAGAGCAAAGAGCGAGACACAGGAUGAGAUUUAUUCUGCUGAAUAUGCUGCAAGGCUGAGAGGAAAGAACCAGAUGAACAGGUGAGACAGGUCAGGUUGGGAGGAGCUGCGGAUUGUCAGGUGUGGUUUGUCACCGAGCAAAUACCAGCCGCAGACGGCGGAGAGGACGGCGGACGUGGGAGCUGGAAAAUUACUUUGAAACACUACAAGUGGAGUAAAAAUAAACAAAACGACAACCUGUGCUAAGCGCGACUUCCACUGUGAGUACAGCAGCUCGUCGUAUCCUUGAGAGAUAGUGUGUUAUUCACGUUUGUGGGCCUAAUUUUAAAAAAUGAUGCAUUUUUCAGAAACGGCUGGAUUGUGCAUGCACGGGGGACAAAUGGCCCUAAAAGGGGAGGGUGAGACGCCAAAGAUUGAACUCUUUGUAAAGGCCAGCAGCGAUGCUGAAAGUGUUGGCAACUGUCCUUUCUCUCAGAGACUCUUCAUGAUUCUCUGGUUAAAAGGGGCCAACUUUAAACUCACCACAGUAGACAUGAAGAGAGCGCCGGAUGUGCUGAAGGACUUGGCCCCGGGGUCCCAGCCUCCAUUCCUGCUCUACAACGGUGACGUCAAAACCGACAUUAACAAGAUCGAGGAGUUUCUAGAGGAGAAUUUAGCGCCACCAAAGUAUCCCAAAUUGUGCUGUCGAUACAAGGAGUCGCUGUCAGUUGGAGAAGACAUCUUCCGUAAAUUCUCUGCAUAUAUAAAGAAUCCCAACCCUGGAUUAAACGACAUGUUAGAGAAGAAAUUCCUAUCAACCCUGGUGAAACUCAACAUGUACUUUGAGACGCCGCUGCCUCAUGAGCUGGAUCAGAACCCUAACGCCAGAGAGUCUUCACGCCCCUACCUCGAUGGAGACGCUCUUACUUUGGCCGACUGCAACCUGCUCCCCAAACUCAACAUUGUCAAGGUGGUGUGCAAGAAGUACCGCAACUUUGACAUCCCUGCAGAACUGAAAGGCCUCAAACGUUACCUGGACAACGCCUACAAAAAGGAUGAGUUUCGCUUCACUUGCCCAAAGGACACAGAGGUCCUCUUCGCGUACCAUUCCGUGGCUAAGUAUCUGAAAAAAUAGACGAUAGGGCAAACGGUGUCCCCAAAGUCACUAAAGGCAUCCCUUUUUUUUUUAAAAAAAAAAAAAGUCAUUUUCGAUAUCAUUGGAACAGAGGUGAUCUUAGGCUUAGCCCUCCAUAAAUACUUCCACGUCGCUGCCGGUCCGCUGCAUAGUUUGCCAAGAACAGACCCGUUUUGAGAAACUUGCCAUGGAUCGGAUAACGUAAAUUGUACCGGGCAUAAAUCUUGUCAAUGUGGUGCUGAACAGGAGUCGGCAACAGAACAUUUGCUUGCCAGGCAUCAGUUUUUGGAAUGCUGCUCAUGCCCAAAGUUAUCAUAUACUUACAAAAACUGCAAAUACAGACAUCGGUGCGCACAUCUGACCAAAUGAUAGCUGAAACAAAACAAAAUAAUGAAGUUUAUAUUGACUUUUGGGAUACCCUGCAUGUCACAUUAUGGUUACCACUGUCAAUUUAUAUUAAAAACCUAAUGAGCUACUUUUAAAUGUCUUAUUAUGACUAUUUAAUCCGAUGGUGUUAUAUCUGUGGACUUCUUCUACAGCGCGUUGAAAGAGCGUCGAAGCACUCUUUUAGCCACAGAAUAUUGAUGUCCUGUGCCAUUGCGCACUCGCGUAUUAUUUGUAAAUGUAUCUACUGUAUGUAUGUGGCAUUUACUUAAUGUAAACUGCAGUGAAGGAACAACAUUAUAAUCUAAAAUCUCAAAAUCUUAAUAUGCUCAUGUUUUAUCACAUCAUAUUGAGAUUUUACAGCAUCUUUUUUUGAAACAUUUGUACAUAGAAAAAAAACAAUACCUCUAAUAUCUAGCUAUAAUUACUUCAAGCAGUACAUGUUGAAUAUCUGUAUUCCGUUGCCUGCCCUGAUAUGUCCAUAGAA